AAAACACAACCUCAAGUGCUAUGUACGACGCCCUUAGACUAUGCUAGCAACCGCAUGUAACGCUCGCCGCUUUUCUCCCCAGCGCGAACUUCUAUGUCGUUGAGAAUCUAACGCCGCCUACCGUCUACAAAAGCUUCCGCGGGUUCUGUUUUAACCACACCAGCGAUAGCAAUUCCACAAUCUCAUCAACCAGCAUGUAGAGCCUUUUCAUAGGCGCUGCUGCUUCUCAUCCAGCGCCGUCAGCACCACCAACACCACCGCGACCCGUGGUGCAACGGCCAUGCCAAGCCACCACCCGACGCCCUGGCAGACCCGUCCACCCGCAUCCUCGUUAUUAGGUUUUCUAGGGUUUCCGCGGUUUCGGCGGUGCCUGGCGCGCAUGCCACAGCGAUACGUGGUGGUGCUGCUGACGGCAGCAUGCACCACUGUGUGCUAUAUCGAGCGCGUGGGGUUCAGCGUCGCGUACUCGUUAGUAGCUAACCGCAACCACGUGGAUCAGGCCACCAAGGGAUGGGUGCUCUCCGCUUUCUACUACGGAUACGCCCUCUCCCAGGUCCCAGGCAGUUCCGCAGCUCAACAAUUCGGGGGGCGUAGAGUCAUCACCGUGGCCUUCCUCGCCUGGACCGCCCUCUCCCUCCUCACCCCCGCCAACCCCACCUCCUCCUCCCUCGCCUCCCCCGCGCUGCUCUCCCUCGUGCUCAUCCGCUUCCUGGUCGGCGCCACGCAGGGCUUCAUCUUCCCCUCCAUCCACACCGUGCUCGCCCUCUGCAUCCCGCCGCACGAGAAGUCGCGCGCCGUGAGUCUAACCAUGUCAGGGAUGUACCUGGGAGCCGGCGCCGCCAUGUCUCUCAUGCCGGCUGUAGCGGCAGCAGACGCGCCCUGGGGCGGGCCGGCGGCGGUGUUUCGCCUGUCUGCGGGGUUGGGGUUGAUGUGGGUGGUGCUGUGGGUGCGGCUGUUCUCCAAGGAUCCGCCGGGCGGGGGAGGGAUGGGAAGGGGGAGUGGCAGCAUCAGCAGCGGGGACGGAACCCCGCUGUCGCCCCGCUUACCGGGUAGCAAGCAUGACCUGUUGCAGGAUGAUUAUCUGAACGACAGUGCGGUUGGGAGCGGUGGCAGCAGCGGCAGCAGUUGUAGCAGCGGUGGCAGUGGCGGUGGUAGCCAUUCCAGUAAGGCAAUUCCCUGGGGAGCCAUGAUGAGCAGCUGGGCCAUUUGGGCUAUAGUUAUCAACAACUACACUUUUCAUUAUGCACUGUACGUGCUUAUGAACUGGCUCCCCUCCUACUUUGAGCAAGCGCUGCACACGUCGCUGCAGAGCAUCGGCAUCGGCAAGGCCCUCCCGUACUACAUCAUGAUGAUCUUCUCCAAUGUCGGUGGCGUGGCCGCUGAUUUCCUCAUCACCUCGCAAUACCUCUCCAUCGCAGCUACGCGGAAGGUUCUGAACACAGUUGGGUUCCUCAUCGGUGCUCUGGCGCUCUGCCUGAUGCCCGUUCUUUCAUCAGUCACCGGAGCCAUUUUAUGCUCAACCAUAACUCUGGGUGCGUGUGCAUUUGCACGAGCGGGCUUCUCAGUGAACCAUAUGGACAUAGCACCGAGGUAUGCGGGCCCUGUUAUGGGCAUUUCCAAUACUGCAGGGACACUGGCGGGUAUUGUGGGUGUGGCAGCAACGGGGUUGAUUCUGCAGGCGUGGAAGGCGGACAUUGAGUUCGGAUGGUUUCUUGCGUUUGUUACGCCAGCUGGACUCUGUGUGCUUAGCGCUGCAAUUUUCUGUGCUUUUGCAACAGGGGAGAGGCUGUUUGAUUAAAAUCAUAUGCUCUCUUCUAGGCUCUGCUCGGCAGGGCCUUGUUCCGGGCUGGGAAAUCCACACUGUAACUUAGCAUUUCAGGUUCAGUCACAACAACCAGUGCUGACUUCUGAUUUUUACCACUCUGAUUUUCACUAGUGAAAUCUGUGCCACUGAU